GUCACCGUCGACAGAGCAAAGCGAGCGAGAGAGCCCGGUCUUCCUUCCGUUCCGCGCCACGACGUGUCGUGCCCGUGCCCCGUGCCCCGUGCCGUGUCGUGCCGUGCUGUGCCGUGACUGCCGUGCACUCGUGCAGUGUCGUGUCACGUAGCGAUCGCGCCAGGCAGCGUUUUCUCGCGCGACGUCGUAGGUCGUAGGGCACGCGAGGGAGAGAACGAGAAAGCGGAGCCGAGAAGGAAGGUAUCGCGAGACAGAGAGAGAGUUGGCGAGCAGGACACUCGGCGCGAGACAACCACUCCACCUCCUCUACCUCUACCCCUCGAUCCGUUUCCCGCCUCCCCCGGUGCGAACAUGAAUGAGGAGUACGACGCGAUCGUCCUCGGCACCGGCCUGAAGGAGUGCAUCCUCUCGGGCAUGCUCUCCGUCAGCGGCAAGCGGGUGCUCCACAUCGACCGUAACAAGUACUACGGCGGCGAGUCGGCCUCCAUCACGCCCCUCGAGGACCUGUUCAGCAAGUUCAAGGCCCCAGCGCCGGACGAGAGCUAUGGCCGCGGUCGGGAUUGGAACGUUGACUUGAUACCCAAAUUUCUGAUGGCGAAUGGUCUUCUCGUCAAGCUGCUCAUUCACACGGGCGUGACGCGUUACUUGGAGUUCAAGUCGGUGGAGGGCUCGUACGUAUACAAGUCGGGCAAGAUCUCGAAGGUGCCGAUUGACCAGCAGGAGGCCCUCUCGAGCGAUCUAAUGGGCCUGUUUGAGAAGCGGCGGUUCCGCAGCUUCCUCAUGUGGGUGCAAAACAUGCAGGAGGAAGAUCCUAAGUCGUGGGAUGGUUUCGAUCCCUUCAACAACAGCAUGAGCGCGCUGUACAGCAAGUUCAGCCUGGAUAAGAACACGCAGGACUUCACUGGACACGCAUUAGCGUUGUACAGGGAUGACGACUACAUAGGCCAAACUGCGAUAAAUACCAUCAGGAGGAUCAAACUGUACAGCGACAGUUUAGCGCGGUACGGAAAAUCGCCGUAUCUCUAUCCGAUGUACGGUCUGGGCGAACUUCCUCAGGGAUUCGCGCGUCUUAGCGCCAUUUAUGGCGGCACAUACAUGCUGGACAAGCCGAUCGACGAAAUUGUCAUGAAAGACGGCAAGGUGGUCGGUGUCCGUUCCGGCGAUGAGGUAGCUCAAUGCAAACAAGUUUUUUGUGAUCCCACAUACGUAUCUGAUCGCGUGAAGAAGGUCGGUCAAGUGAUAAGAUGCAUAUGUCUCAUGGAUCAUCCUAUACCAAACACAGCUGACGCAUUAUCUACACAAAUCAUCAUUCCUCAGAAACAGGUCGGUCGUAGUUCCGACAUAUAUGUGUCUCUCGUAUCGCACACCCAUCAAGUUGCGGCAAAAGGCUGGUUUAUCGCUAUGGUCUCGACCACGGUGGAGACGAAGAAUCCGGAGAUCGAGAUUAAGCCCGGUCUGGACCUGCUCGGCCCGAUUAAACAGAAAUUUAUUAGCAUCUCCGACUACAUGGUGCCGGUAGACGACGGUCUCAACAGCCAGAUAUUCAUAUCCACCAGCUACGACGCCACCACGCACUUCGAGACCACCUGCUUAGACGUGCUCGACAUAUUCAAGCGCGCCACCGGCGAGGAGUUUGACUUCGACAAGGUCAAGAAUGAACUCGGCGACGAGGAUCAGUAACCGUAAUCACGAAAUGCGCGCGUGCAUAUAUACCACACGACAUUACAGGGAAAUCGAAGCGCCCAGUGUAUUCGCGUAUUCGAGUAAAAAGAAAACAUCGCUCGACGAUUGCCGACCGCGUCGGUAUGCAACAGUGUCUCAAGGCAGAUACCACGGAACAAGUCACGCUGCGAGCAGACCUGUGCCUAAUUAUGUAAAUUCUCUUUGAUAGAGAAUGAAAAACGGGAGGGGGGGGGGGCAAAGUUGGCUAAAUUCUCUCUAUCAAAUUUCUCUCUGUCUCAUUACUCUCCUAAUCUCGCCCCGCUGUUCCUGCGACGUAGUCUUAUUCGAAGCGCACGAAUCCUCCACAUUCGCACGGAAAGAAAAACUCUUGAACUCUAUUUCUACGAUUUCGAACAUCGGAUUAUAUAAGAUUAGAUCCUGUUAUAAAUUUAUAUUUUACACGAAACAUGAAUCCAAUCUGCCAAUAUACAUUCAAACAGAGAAUAAUAAAAGGAAAUAAAGAUAAUUGUGAGACGUCCGUCACAGCGUAUAUACAAUACCUAUGUACCAUAUUUUAAUGUAUCGAAAUAAGUGAAACGUUUAUCGGCAGAUUAAAUUGUACAAAAAAAUAGUCCACAGGUUCUGUAGCAACGUAUGUAUGUUGCUACAAAGGCUACAAUACAAUUGUUAAACUGACGAUUGAUUAACGGUACAAUGUAAGUCUCAUAUCUCUGUUUAGAUUAGCACCGAUAAUUCGCAUAGAUGUAGAGAUACUUCUGAAAAGUCUCGGUCGUUGUGAAUCUGGAAAAGUUUACCAAUAUUUGGAUGUUGAUUUUAAGUUUAUACAUUGCAUUUAUCGUUUCGAACAAAAUAAUCGAGCAAUGAUUUAGUUUUAUACGAAUUGCCAAACGGCGGGCAAAAAUAUUCCAAUUGAUAACUUUCCCUUGCUUAUUGACCGUGUAGCAAAAUUAGGGAUAGCAAGAUAUAUAAUGCGUUAUUCGAUGUGUACUCGCGUGUAUAAUUGUAACUAAUUGUUUCAUCUUUCACAUCCGUUUUUCUCAUUAAAAAAAAAACGCUCGUUUAGAAAACAGAUCAUAACUAUCGAUAGGACGAUUAGAUAUAUCUUCAACUUCAACGUAUGUUCAAAAACAGAGUUAGGAAUAGGGAAGUUGCAUGCUCAUACACGCUUGAGACAAAGUUGGCGGCAAGUGGGGGGGAACGAAAAAAAAGUAAACGAAGGUCGAUACCGAAACGUUUGAAACGAAGAAAGAUAUCCGGAGCGGCCAAGCAUUUCAUUAUAGAUAUAUUAUAGAUCUAUAUAGUAUAUAUAUUAAAUAUUACAAAAAGAUAUGUAUACAUAUAUAUAUAUAUAUAAAUAUGAGAAAAUGGAGUCGUUGAAAUAUUGUUGUUUCAUGUGAGCUUGAAAUCCGGAAUACUUCAUUUGCAUAAGAAAUCAUUAUUGUAUUUGAUAAGGAAAGGACGAGUGAGCGCGAACAUUUGCAUGUACAUCGAUCAAUUAAUUAACGGCGUAAGCGCGUCGGAGAAGAAACGAAUCAGCCGUUUUCCUAGAUUCACGUUUUACUUGCACUCUCGCAUGGGUUACGAUGGCGCACACGCAAUUUCACAUUACGUACGAAAAUCUGGUGGGGAAAACGGGUAUAACGAACACACUUGACUCAACUGCUAACGGAUGAUACGUCAUUAUCCAUCAACUUGUAACACACGAGAGCUGAAUGGAAUAAACGAUAUUGUAUUAACCGUG